AUGCUCUCCCCGGACGCCCCAGAGCGUCGCGAUGCUCUCCCCGGACGCCCCAGAGCGUCGCUAUGCUCUCCCCGGACGCCCCAGAGCGGCGCGAUGCUCUCCCCGGACGCCCCAGAGCAUCGCGAUGCUCUCCGCGGACGCCCCAGAGCGUCGCGAUGCUCUCCCCGGACGCCCCUGAGCGUCACGAUGCUCUCCCCGGACGCCCGAAGGGUCGCGAUGCUCUCCGCGGACGCCCCAGAGCGCCGCGAUGCUCUACCCGGACGCCCCAGAGCGUCGCGAUGCUCUCCCCAACCGCCCCAGAGCGUCGCGAUGCUCUCCCCGGAUGCCCCAGAGCGUCGCGAUGCUCUCCCCGAACGCCCCAGAGCGUCGCGAUGCUCUCCCCGGACGCCCCAGAGCGUCGCGAUGCUCUACCCGGACGCCCCAGAGCGUCGCGAUGCUCUCCCCGGACGCCCCAGAGCGUCGCGAUGUUCUUCCCAGAAGCUCCAGAGCGUCGCGAUGCUCUCCCCGGACGCCCCAAAGCGUCGCGAUGCUCUCCCCGGACGCCCCAGAGCGCCGCGAUGCUCUCCCCGGACGCCCCAGAGCGUCGCCAUGCUCUCCCCGGACGCCCCAGAGCGUCGCGAUGCUCUCCCCGGACGCCCCAGAGCGCGAUGCUCUCCCCGAACGCCCCAGAGCGUCGCAAUGCUCUACCCGGAUGCCCCAGAGCGUCCCGAUGCUCUCCCCAGCCGCCCCAGAGCGUCGCGAUGCUCUCCCCGGACGCCCCAGAGCGACGUGAUGCUCUCCCCGGACGCCCCAGAGCGCCGCGAUGCUCUCACCGGACGCCCCAGAGCGUCGCGAUGCUCUCCCCGGACGCCCCAGAGCGUCGCGAUGCUCUCCCCGGACGCCCUAGAGCGUCGCUAUGCUCUCCCCGGACGCCCCAGAGCGUCGCGAUGCUCUCCCCGGACGCCCUUGAGCAUCGCGAUGCUCUCCCCGGACGCCCCAGAGCGUCGCGAUGCUCUCCCCGGACGCCCCAGAGCGCCGCGAUGCUCUCCCCGGACGCCCCCGAGCGUCGCGAUGCUCUCCCCGGACGCCCCAGAGCGUCGCGAUGCUCUCCCCGGACGCCCCAGAGCGUCGCGAUGCUCUCCCCGGACGCCCCAGAGCGUCGCGAUGCUCUCCCCCGACGCCCCAGAGCGUCGUGAUGUUCUCCCCGGACGCCCCAGAGCGUCACGAUGCUCUCCCCGGACGCCCUAG